AUGCUCCGAAUUGCCGUGUUGUUGUCUGUCGCUGUUGCAGUUUUCUGCAAUGAAACUGCACUAAAGAAAUACGCUUAUAUCAAGAUCAUGUCCAGCUGCAUCGGAGAGGAAGCGAUGAUGCAGCUCGAAGGCGCGAUGAAGGAAGCGGAGAGCAAGUGCCAAGGAGAUGACAUGAUGGAGGACAUGCCCUCGCUGAGGUCCUACCUGAUGGAGCUGAGGGAAGCUGCCAGUCGACCAGUAUACGUCCCGGUCCCCAUCUACCAGCCAUACAUUUUCCACCAGCAGCAGGCUCUUCAGCAAUCUAACCAGUUCCCUCAGUAUACCCAGUACUCCCAGUUUAACCAGGUUCCCCAGUCUUACGUCUACGGUUAUAAUCAGUACCAGACCACCAAUAGAGCCAAGAGAAACGUAGACUAUGGAAAAAUGGAAGAUAUGAUGACUUCAAUGCAGUCCAAGAUUAGCAACAUCACCUGUAUUCUAAAAGAACUGAAAUAUCUUGACGAGAACAACAACAUCGACAUCAGUGGAACCACAAAGAGCAUCAUGAACUUCGACGUGAGCGAUGAACUCAAGGAUGACCUCAUGGAGAGCGCCACCAUGUGCAGGGACUUCGCCAUGUGCUUGCCCGUCGAGAAAGCCAAGAGCCCGCUGAAGAGGGAGCUCGGCGUCCCUCUCGGAUACUUCAAGUGCUUGGUCAUGAAGAACUUGGAAGCCUGCAUGAAGAACGACCUCCGCGAGAAGGCUGCGCAGAUGGGUCAGGAAAUGCCCAUGAUGGACGACGAAUCCAUGAUGAUGUCACAAGGCAGCCCCAGUGAUCUCUUCCAUGACCUCAUAUUCUCCGGCAAGUUCUAAAAGAAGAGUUCUUAAAAAAGGUUCUAAACUCAGGUUCUAAUUCGAAUAUGGUUCAAAGGACGGUUAACUUCAUUUUCCCAACGGUUGACUGAUGACUCAAUACUUAUAAAAGGUUUCGGGAAUGUGUAGAUUUUUUGAUCGUGGAAUAUAUGGAUAGAUAAAUGAAUAAUUGAUAACAAUAGUAGACGAGAACAGCGCUUUAGUGUUCUAUAUUGGGUUCUCUAUUUGACUUUUUUAGAAUGACUGAUGAAUGUAUAAAGAAUUCGGGAACUGCAAAUAACUGAAUAGAAAUCGAGUGGAUGAAUUUAUGACAAACAAAUCUGAUUAAUUAGAGACGAAAAUGGUAGACUGACUUUGGACGGGGUUUGGGAGACUUGGUUCACAGGGACAUUAGUAAUUACUGAUUCAUCUGAUCAGCUGUUCACCCUUAUUUGUAUUGCUUUCCUCAGUUUCUUGGGAAUAGCUUAGCCCAAAAACAAAAGAAAAAUAGCAAAAUAUAUCGAUUUUUUCCAAAUAUGUAACCGCAUUAUUUUGACAUUAAAAAUUCCUGUUUGUAAA